AUGAGUGAAGUGGUUCAGAAACUUGCCCAAAUUAACCAGAGCUCCAGGGUUGAAGAAAGCAUUGACCAGAGCUGCACAGUCGCGCGGCGGUCGUGUGACGAUUGUGCGGCGGUCAUGCGGCGGUCGUGGGGCGGCAGUUGGCGGUCAGCGGUUUAUGAAUAUAUUUGGAACAAUACUACUCUCUUCAAACACAUUCAUCCACAAUUAUCAUGGGAAAAUCGGCUCAAUAUAGCUGCUGAAGCUGCUGUUGCACUCAAGGAAAUGCAUUCUAGCAACAUCAUUCAUGGCAACAUCAAGUCAACGAAUAUACUUCUGGAUCAAAAUUACUCGGUGAAAAUAUAUGAUUUUGGAACUUCAGUACUUAUAUCACCGGAGCAUAGUCAUCUCGUAGCCACCGAAAUAGAAGGCACCUUGGGCUACAUCGAUCCAGAAUAUUUAACCACCGGUAAGCUAACAAUUGAGAGUGAUGUAUACAGCUUUGGAGUUGUCCUCGUGGAGUUGCUCACCGAAAAGAAGCCUACAAGUUAUGUUAUUAAUGAGUUUGAAGAGCCAAUAAAUAUUAUCCCUCAUUUCAUCUCUUCCGCAAAGGGCGGGACCCUCUCCCAAAUCAUAAGUUUUGAGGCCCCCAGGGGAGAUGAAAUCAAGCAAGUAAAAACAGUUGCUGACAUUGCAAUGAAAUGCGUAGACCAAAGCAAGAGGAAGAGGCCAACAAUGAGUGAAGUGGUUUAG